UCGAUACGGCGUACACUGUGAGUGGCCCUAUAAACCCCCAACAACAGCAGGCAAGGUGGUGGUGGUUGUUGAUCACAGUGUCUUGCUGCUGUUGCUGCUUCUAGUUUCUCCUGAUCUUCCACUGGCAACAGUUGUACCUUCCUGUUUAAGAACAGUUUGUCUCAUUUCCCAUCUCGUCCAGUUUGUUCAAAGUUGCCAGCGGAAGGCAGGACGUCAUCAAUGUGAGCCGCCUCAACCUCAACAUCAACCUCAUCAACAUCAAUCUCAUCAACAUCAUCAUCAAGAAGUUGAACAAGUGUAAUAAUGUCAGUGGUUCAGCACAUCUUGCUCACACCUCGCCGACACUCCUGUAUUAACAGGUUUUACCACAGGCUGGCACUCUCCAAUGCUGCGGUACAGAAGAAACGAUCAGAGCUGUUCAUUAAAGAGGCAAAACGACAAGCUGCUCUCAUCACUGAUGUUGAAAAAAUUGAAGUCAAAUAUUACGGACAUCCAGAGGAUUGUACUCUGAUUAUGAACAAAAAUAUGUCUACUCCUUAUAAUUGUGCUCAGCACAUUAAUCAGGUGAUAUUAGAGCGUUCGGCGCUUGCUGAAGUAAAUGGUCAGGCGUGGGACAUGCAUCGACCACUGGAAGACAAUUGUUCACUCUCCUUUCUGCACUUCAGACAGAAUGAUCCGUUUUAUGCCAACAAAGCAUUCUGGCGGUCUGCAUCAGUCAUGCUUGGAGCGGUGUUGGAGACUGCAUUUAAAGAAAGAAUUUAUGUAGAACUCUGUUCUUUUCCCUCUCCCAAUGUGCGAAGUGGAAUGCUUUUGUUUAUGAUUAACUUGAAGAUUUCCGAUUGGGAACCCACAAAGGAGGAAUUGCGAGUUUGUCUGGGGGAAAUGGUAAAGUUACCUUUGGAAAAACCACCGUUUUAAAAGAUGGAAGUAGAUGCUAGUCUGGCUCUGCAGAUUUUUCUACAACAAUUAAAGAAGUUUCAUUUUCCUUUCAUCGCAGCACAAAGUUUUUCAGGUAACACUGUGGUGUUGUACAAGAUGGGGAAUUUUGUAGAAAUCAGCUGUGGGCCAAUGAUAAGCAACACUAGUCAUCUUGGCAAAGUUUCUGUCACAGCUGCACAUCCCAUUGAGACAAACAAGGGACAACUGUAUCGCAUUCAAGGGGUGGCUCUUCCAAAAGGAUUUUUGCUCAACCACUUUGCAUACAGUCUGCUGGAAAAGCGAGCCCAGAAGCUGAACUCUGGACGUAUCCCAGUUAUUCCCACACCACAGAGUUGGCCAACACAACAAGAAUUCAUGGCAGCCUAGUUCUCAGGGCCUCAUUUUGAAUUUUCAUUAUUAUAUUUUUCCAUCUUUAAUAUGAAUGUCUAAAUUAAAAAAGACUCCAUACCUCUUAAUUUUCUCUUUUCAGUAUAUAUUUUUAGCUUGCUGCAAUGCUUACAAACUGUUUUUGUUCAGUUUUAACCCUUAAAUGGUCCAAACGUAUAUAUACGUUCUCUCGCGUAGCGCCCAAAACGUACAUAUACAUUUUUUUGGUCAUUCAUUCAACAUUGCCACGAUAAGCCUGAGUCCCCAAUUGUUUUAAUAUGGCGCACUCACUGUGCGCCAUAUUAAAAUAAUUGGGGAUGCCUGGGUACCAUAUGCUCUUUUUUCCUAUUAAAAAGAACGAUUUUUUUUUCCUCAAAAAAUUUGGGGCGCUACGCGAGAGAAUGUAUAUAUAUGUAUAGGUUUGAACCAUUUAAGGGUUAAUUGAAAAGUAAAUACCAGUAUUAAUACCACUAACAAGAAUUUAAUGGUGAAUAUGAUAUAAUAAGGAAGGAUUAUGAGUAAUUAUCAACACAAUAAUUAAGGAAGAGAAGAUUAUAUGUACCAUAUUUUAGAUGCUCUGGUGUUGAGGAUGCCCCCCCAAUUCUGAUUGGCUAAAUUUUUGAGACUUAAUUUGAGAAAAAUAUAUUGUCUUUGACACCAUAAAAUAUGGUAAUUAUUGAGAAUAAUUAAGGAAGGGAAGAUUAUAUAUAAUUACCAACACAAUAAUUGUAAAGAUUAGCACACAAUAGUUAAAAAAAAAAGUUUUCGUGCCUGUGUUGUAUGUACUUCAUGUUUGGUGAAGGUGUUACGAUGAACACAAUAUUUAAGGUAAGAUUGGUGGUGAAAGUCUCUCUCAAAGUUCUCUGUAAUUCAAAUAAUUUUUGUAAUUAUUUGCAGUAAUAAUACUCUCUCUCCUGUUUUCAUUAUUUAUGUAUGGAAUUUUUUUUAAUUUGAUUGUCAUGUGUGUUCAGGAUAAAUGUAAAGUAGACAAAAUAAUUGUAAUCUGAUAAAACACAAAUGUUGUAUAAUGUGCUCCUUUAGUGACUAUGUUUUGCCCACACAGUGGGCUUUAUUAAGUCACAAUAGAUUUAUUUGUGACUUGAUAAAGCCCGCUGUGAGAGAAACAUGGUAAAGGAUCGCAUUAUAUCGCAUUUGUGUUUAUUUUUCCAUCCUGUCAGUAUUUUGCACCUUUUAUCCCCCAUAAUUGUAAUCUUUUAACAAAUCAGAAUAAAGGGUAAUUAAU